AUGGUAGAAGGAGGAAGAAUGCGAUUAUCCGAGGAAGCUAGAAAUGGGUUAGAAUUUUUGAAACGCAAGAGGCUUCAGCGUGCACAAGCCGUUGCCGCCUCUCAGACUAGUGUUGCUAACAUGAUGAAUAGAAGUGGAGGAGAUGCUUUGAGAGCUUCAGCUUCAUGUGGUACAAGGUUGCACAGUGAUCCGGAUGUCUUUUUCAAACGGAAGGUGGAUAAGUUUGAUACAAGUGAUUUGGAAUGGACUGAGAACAUUCCGGAAUGUCCUGUAUAUUCUCCGACGAAGGAGGAAUUUGAAGAUCCUUUGAUUUACUUGCAGAAGAUAGCUCCAGAAGCUUCUAAAUAUGGUAUAUGCAAGAUUGUUUCGCCUUUGAGUGCUUCUGUACCUGCUGGGGUUGUUUUAAUGAAAGAGAAAGCAGGAUUCAAGUUUACAACUAGAGUACAGCCCCUCCGCCUUGCUGAAUGGGACACUGAAGACAAAGUCACAUUUUUUAUGAGUGGAAGAAAUUAUACAUUCCGCGAUUAUGAGAAAAUGGCAAACAAGGUUUUUGCACGAAGAUAUUGUAGCUCUGGAUGUCUUCCAGCCACUUACUUGGAAAAGGAGUUUUGGCAUGAAAUUGGUUGUGGGAAAAUGGACACUGUUGAAUAUGCAUGUGAUGUUGAUGGUAGUGCAUUUUCAUCUUCUCCUACCGAUCAGCUUGGGAACAGCAAAUGGAAUUUAAAGAAUCUUUCCCGUUUGCCCAAAUCAACUUUGCGUCUCUUGGAAACUUCAAUUCCGGGAGUAACAGAACCCAUGCUAUACAUUGGAAUGCUGUUUAGUAUGUUUGCGUGGCACGUGGAGGAUCAUUAUUUGUACAGCAUCAAUUAUCAGCAUUGUGGUGCAUCAAAAACAUGGUAUGGUAUCCCUGGUCAUGCAGCUUUGGAAUUUGAAAGGGUAGUGAGAGAACAUGUAUAUACUACUGAUAUUUUGUCAAGCGACGGGGAAGACGGAGCCUUUGAUGUUCUCCUGGGGAAAACUACUUUAUUUCCGCCUAAUAUUUUAUUGGACCAUAAAGUCCCUGUCUAUAAAGCUGUUCAAAAGCCAGGAGAGUUUGUAAUAACCUUCCCUAGAGCGUAUCAUGCAGGCUUCAGUCAUGGUUUCAACUGUGGAGAAGCGGUGAACUUUGCACUUGAUGAUUGGUUUCCUCUUGGAGCUAUUGCGAGCCGGCGAUAUGCACUUCUUAACAGGGUUCCUUUACUGCCCCAUGAAGAACUUCUUUGCAAAGAAGCGAUGCUUAUUCAUUCAUGCGUGGAACUUGAAGAUUCAGACUUUCCUUCCCCAGACUUGUUAUCUCCUAAUACAACCAAGAUAUCUUUCAUUAACUUGUUGCGUUUCCAGCACUGUGCCAGUUGGUCGCUAAUGAAAUCAAGGGCAUGUACUAGUGUUUCUUCACAUUCGCAUGGCACAAUUCUCUGUAGCCUGUGCAAACGUGACUGUUACAUUGCUUAUGUUGACUGCAGCUGUCACAUGCAUCCUGUAUGCCUACGUCAUGAAGUUAAAUCUCUUGACUUCAGCUGUGGGAACAAGCACACUCUAUAUUUGAGAGAUGAUAUUGGGGACAUGGAAGCUGCAGCCAAGAUGUUUGAGCAGGAGGAUGGGAUAUUGGAUGAGAUAGGCAAGCAAUCCAAAAGUGAACAAAAUAUGUAUUCAUAUCCUUUGUCAGAUAUGUUUCAGAGAGCUGAAGCAAGUGGAUAUGAACCGUAUUGUGAGCUUAAAUUUGAUUCUAUGGAGUUUUAUACAACUCCAGAACAGGCAACAAAUAAUCAAGAGUGUGGCAUACAAAGUCAAUUUGGAUUAGGACAUUACUCAGAAAACCAUAAACCAGAAGUGUCCGAGGUUUCCUUUUCUGCUGCAUCAACUCUUUGUUCUCUUUCAGAACAUCUUGAGUGUUCCUCUGCUAAUAAAGAUGUCGAGGUGCAGACUAACUUGAAAGUGGACAUUAUUGAUUGCAAAGAACUUGGUGAAACAAUAUCCAACAAUGCAUGCAGAUCUUCACUAUUCCCUGCUCGGUAUCAUGAAAGCUCGGUUAAAGUGCAUGAUCUUCAGAAACCUGAUGUGAAGCCUAUAGUGGAUAAUGACAGUGAUGAUUCUGAUUCAGGAAUAUUUAGGGUAAAGCGCCCUGCCUCUCUAAAAGCAGAGAAAAGAAAUUUGAAGGUUGUGGCUACGAAACAUUCUGAGCAGCAGGGACUUAAACGAUUGAAGAAAGUCCUUCCUGAAGGAAAAAGCAACAGGCAACAAAUGAAUGUCAGACCCAGUGAAUCAAGUUAUAAAUAUAACCCAGUUAGUCAUAAAGUUGAUAUCGGAAUUUCCUCUAAGGACAGAUUUGCAAGGGGAAAUGACACUCCCAUUCCUGUAAGAUAUAAAAAGUCAGGCAAUGAGGAAGUAAGUAUGCAUAUGCAACUAAAUCACCACCGGAGAGAAAGGUUUCAGCAAACUUAUAGAGAAGCGUCAUCCAUUGAGAUUGGGUCUAAGCGACUUAAAGUCCGAGGCCCUUCAUUUUUGGGCUUAGAGAGCAGGUUGAAUUGA